GCUACUGUCACCGAUCGAUUCAUAUUUGUGUCCUUAUUAUCACGGGAUUCCACCUACAAGUUAUUGAAGUCUGUCUGCAGCCACCUUGAUAACAUAAGUGUUGGAAACAGUCCUAAUCCUUCUGCAGAUCACAUUGACAGAGGCGAACAUGCUACCUCAUUUCCACUUGAUUUCAGUGUAGACUUUUCAGAGAUUGACGGUUUGGUACGCCACCGAAGAAAGGACAUAGAAGAAUACAGUAGCACAGGUUCUCAAACACCAGAAUCUGAAAACUCUCAAGAAUUCCAGGUUCAAGACAAAAACGUCAUCACAAAGUCUCACAACCCUGUAGUUGUGGAGAGUCAGAUGAAGAGCCCUGAAAGAAGUAAACUGAUUCUGCAAACGUCAGACCACAAAAGCUUGUUUAAGAGACUGAACGUUUCACAGAUUACCUCCUUGAAUGGUUUGCUUUUCUUCUAUGCAAUUCUGUCUGUCUGCUGAUUCCACAUUAUAUAUGCAGUCAAGGAUUGUGUUCUAGAGGAGCGGCUUUCCACACUUGGUUCUCUCCAGACUGGGUGGUCGACAGAGCAAGGAAUGAGCAGUUGGCAUAUUAACGCAAACCUAUUAUGUGAAGAAUUAACUGCCAACCUGGAAAAACUUGACAAGAUUCAGAGAAGCUUACAGAGGCUACUGGAAGAUGCAGAAUAA